AUGGUCGCCAGUCCCAAAGCUAAGGAGGCAAUGCCGGCUCCCGCCUCACGACCGGCGGCGGCAGGGGGGCCGCCAGGGGAAGAUGCCGCCGACGAUACGGACGAUACUGCCUCCACCAUCGGCUCCCUUCCCUCCAGCACCGCUUCCCUCUCCCAGAGCAUCUUUGAGUAUCGUAAAAUUUUUGGAAGGACUUACCACAGCGACGUUGGCAAUGCUGAAGCAUGGCAGCCCAAUGACGCGCGUCACGCCGAAGCGAUGGACAUCUUCCAUCACUUGAACACCCUCAUCCUCUCCGGAAAGCUGUAUACCGCCCCACUUCCAAAGAAAAUCCAGAAGGCCGUCGACAUUGGAACUGGCACAGGCAUUUGGGCCUUCGACUUUGCUGACGAGUUCCCUGAAGCCGAAGUCAUCGGCACUGACGUCUCGCCCAUUCAGCCUACCUGGGUUCCACCCAAUCUCAAGUUCGAAAUCGAUGACUUGAACCUUGAAUGGACCUGGCCCGACAACACCUUCGAGUACAUCCAUUCACGCAGUUUGAUUGGUGUAGUCGAGGACUGGGAGGGGUUCUAUCGCCAGGCUUUCCGUUGUUGCAAGCCGGGCGGUUAUGUUGAAGAUGUUAGCAACUCCGUCAUGGCUUUCAGUCUGGAUGGAAUUGUGAAGGAGGGCAGUGCCCUUGACCAGUGGGGGAAGGUCUUCUUUGAGGGCGGAAACAAGUUCGGAAGAACCUUCAAGAUUGUCGAGGAUGACAUCCACCGAAAGUGUAUGGAGAAGGCUGGCUUCGUUGAUAUUGUCAUCAAGGACAUCCAGGUGCCUGUUGGCGCUUGGCCCAAAGACAAGACACAACAGGAACUGGGAAUCUGGGCCAAGAUGGCGCUGGAGUCAGAUCUUGAAGGAUACGUCAAUUACAUCUGGGGCGUUGUGCUGGGCUGGACUCCUGAGGAAAUCAGCACAUAUUGUGCCGCGUUCAGGAGAGAGCUGAAGAAUACCAGAAUUCACGGCAUGUACACGACUCGCGUCGCGUACGCACGCAAGCCAGAAUAG